UUAUUAUUCUACAAAAUAAAUAUUGGAACAUAUAUCUUAUUAUUGUACAGUUUUAAAAAGAUAAUACAUAUGUAUAUAAAUGUUAAUUAGUGAAAAUUUUUUUGAGAUAUAAUUAUUUUUAUUGUUUAUAUUUAUAAAAAAAACAUGUUUUCUAUAACUUUCGACAUACAAAAAACAAUACAAGAUAUUAUGGUUAAAUACAUUGAUAUGGAUUUUACAUUAUGGCUUUUAAUGCCAUUACUUAUAACAUUUUUACUUCCACUUAUAAUCGUUCUUCUGUUAUAUUUAACUGCUUUAAUAUUAUACAUAUACCGAUUACACAGAGUAAGAAUUCAAAGUGCUUAUGGAACUGAUUGGAAAAUUGCAGCUCAAUCCGUAGCUGCUGCUAUUUGGGAUGCGCAUGGAUGGAUUUGGCAUGGGUAUGAAGUUGUUGGCCUUGAAAAUAUACCAAAAAAUGAAGCAGCAAUGUUGAUAUUUUACCAUGGAACAAUACCUGUUGAUGUCUACUAUUUUCUUGCAAAAGUAGUUCUAUAUAAUUCAAAACUAAUCUACACAGUAGCAGAUCGUUUCCUUUUUAAAAUUCCGGGUUGGUCUAUUAUUUCCGAUGUCAUGCGUGUAAUACCUGGUACAGUUCAGACAUGCUCAUCUAUCUUGAAAGAAGAAAAUCUACUUGCUAUUUUACCAGGAGGUGUUUAUGAAGCACAGUUUGGAGACUCUUAUUAUAAACUUUUAUGGAAAAAAAGAGUAGGUUUUGCAAAAGUUGCAUUAGAUGCUAAAGUGAAUAUAAUCCCGAUAUUCACAAGGAAUAUUAGAGAGGCAUUUAGAACAGUAGCUUGGGGUCGUAGAAUACUAUUACGUAUAUAUGCAGCAACAAAAUUCCCAGUUGUUCCAAUUUAUGGUGGUUUCCCUGUAAAAAUGAUAACAUAUGUAGGUAAACCAAUUCCUUACGACAAGAGUCUUACACCCGAAGAAUUACAAAAAAAGGUUGCUACAGCUGUAGAAACUUUAAUAGAGGAACAUCAACAGAUACCAGGAAGUAUUACACGGGCCCUGUUAGAAAGAAUUUUUUCUCCAGAGAAGAAGACAUACUAAUCAUAGAUUUUAGAAAAGUAUCCAAUUGAAAACCAUCCAUAUAUACUAUUUCUAUAUGUUACUAUAAGAUAAAAUGUACUUCUUAUAAUUUAAUAUAAUUACUAGUCUUUUUAGAACAGAAAAAAAAUUUCCUUGAUUUGAAGAUGAAAGUCUCAAGAAAUCAUGUUUAUAAAAAAAAAAAAAAAAAAAAAAAAAAAAAGUAUUGGAAAAAGGUGUGAAAUUCAUAUUUAAAUUGGAGGCCUUAAAGAGAAUCCAUCAAAAUAAUAUAUAAUUUUAUAUGUGUUCCAUUUUCCAAUAUACUUUUAUAGUAUACUAUAAUAUUUCUUCUUCUUAGAAAUCGCAGGUUUAUAGGUGUUUCUAUCAUUCUUUCAAUAUACGGGUAUAUAAAGGUGUUAUCAUUAUAAGUUAUGUUUAAGAAUAUAUUUGAUAUUCAUUUUUUAUUGAAAUUGAAUCAUAAAUGACAAGCAAUAUUUAACUUAUUGUAUAUUUUUCGUAAUAUAUUUAUAUUUCGUAUAUAUGUACAAGUACAUUUAUACACAUGUACUUGCAUCAUUAUCAUAAAAGCUUUUUUCCAUGGUGCAUAGUAUUUAUAAGUAUUUUGUUAUUUUUAAUAAGUACUUAAAUAUUGAAAUAAUUUCAAAGGUCUAAUAUCGCUCCUCGCUACUCUGUAAUCUUUACUUUUUAUAUUUUAGUUUUAUAUUUUAUUAUUCUAAUUCUGAAACAUCACUUUUUGAUUUAAUCUUUUUUAAUAAGAAUAAGAAAAUUUCAGUAAUUCUUAUUUAUAUCGAUAAAAUAUAUGUAUCCACUUCUCAGAA